UGUCAGCUGGCUCCAGUGUUAUGCUCAUCGACCUCUGCCAACCGGCCGUACUGACCCAUCCAUACGUUACCGUUUUCACUACAGUUCUGCACGAUCGUACAGCUGAAUAUGGCAAGCCAGUCUCAGGGAAUUCAACAGCUAUUACAAGCUGAGAAGCGAGCUGCGGAAAAGGUUGCAGAGGCACGGAAACGUAAGAACCGUCGCCUGAAGCAAGCCAAGGAAGAGGCCCAGGCUGAGAUUGAACAGUACCGUUUACAAAGAGAGAAGGAGUUCAAGACAAAGGAGGCAGCGGCACUGGGUUCCCAUGGAAACUCCGCGGUGGAAGUAGACAAGGAGACCAUGGAUAAGAUGGGUGGCAUCCAGAACAGCUACCAGAUGAACCGUGAGGCGGUGCUGGGCAACCUGCUGAAGAUGGUGUGCGACAUCAAGCCCGAGAUCCAUGCCAACUACCGCGUGGCUGGGUAGGACAACUCCUCCCACUCACCCUCAACAUGCGGCAGGAUAAAGACUUCCAUUGUGCAGCAAUCAGGGAUGCUCCAGGCGUCGCUUGGAGAUUUAAGCUGGUUGUCAUUACAGCCUUUUGCUUUUUGUUCGCGUUCUGACUUUACUGUUCUCUAAUGUUCUCUCCCUGUUUUAAAGCUGAGUUCUGUGGUCAGCCCACCGCAAUUUGAGUCCUAUAAACAGUGCAGAUCCAUUACACUAAAAUGUGUGCCACUAAAACUAGCAUGAAA